UAUAAAGGUCUCCGGGAGUUUCCGAAAUUCACAUUCAGUGGCUUAUACAGAACAAUGGUUAACAUGUGCUGUCACCAAUCUCAACUAAAAUAUAUUCACACCCCGAAUCCAAGACAGUCGAGGAAACGGCAUAAUAAACGAAAAAGGAAUUGUUGGGAUACACUAUCUCCGACAACACAUCGCCAGACUUGAUUAAGAGGAAACAUUUGAAAGGUCCAGUGUGUACCGUGUGGAAGAGUAUCUGUGCGUUGCUGAGUGCGACUGAGUGCUGAGAUGACUGCGGAGUGGCUGCACCUGCCCCCACCAUACCCCCCCGGAGUGGGGCCGUUGUGUGGUGCAGAGUUGGAGGCGUGGUAUGAAGACCUGCAGGAUAUCCUUGGUUCUGACGCAGGUGGGGCCAAACUGGCUCGACCCCCGCCUUGCUCUGAGAAGGAGCCCGAGUUUCUGGAUGUGCUGGAGAGCUGCUCGCUGACAUGGCUGACAGACGGGCAGGGAUGGGGCGAGGGUGUGCAGCGGGUGAUGGAGGACCCCCCUCCUCAGCUGCCCACCCAUGCCCCGGUGCCUUGCCUCAGUCCUCCGGCUCAAGAGGAGGAGAGGAGAGGAGGAGAGGGUCAGGGAUCGGGAUCUGGCUCGGGCGGUGACUUGCUGCCGCCCGAGUUCUUCGAGCUGCUGAGCGAGGGCGGCGUGGGCCUGGUGGAGACCGGCGCGAUGUUGGUGAGCGGAGCGGGCAUUGGCUACCACCACCAGCUGCCGCGCUGCCAGCUGCCCUCGCCAGCCCACAGCGAGGAGGAGCCGCCCACCGUGCCUUGCUCUCCUUCCUACUGCUCUUCAUCCUCCUCCUCCUCAUGUGCCUCCCAGUCCCCGGUCCGCCUUGGCCACUCACCCCCGUCCUCCCCGCAGUCUCCUCCUCCCCCGCCUCCGCCCGCCUCAACGGCGUUCCUGGGCUCACCACGGCCCGGGAAGCGCAAGCGGGCGGUGUCACCAGGAUCCUCCUCAUCCUCCUCCUCGCCCAACAAAAAGAGCCGGCGUGAGCGCGAGCAGGAGAACGAGCGCAGGGUGCAGGAGCUGACCGACCAGAAUGAGCGGCUCAAGUCCGAGAUCGAGAGGCUUGGCGAGGAAGUCCAGCGAACACGCCGCUCCCUCAUUGAAAGACUUGUCAACACCAGAAAGUGAGGGGCAGGGGCAGGAGAGAAUGUGGGAGUGAAAGAGAAUGAAAGAGAGUGAGAGCGUUAAAAGAAUGAAACGAUAAAGAAUGAAAUACGGUUUAUAGCUUGGAGAGGGUUGUGUUCAGGAAGAGUCGUGACCCAGGUGACAGUGCUAUGCAUAUUUAGAGGGAAGAAGGAAAAGAGACAGACAUGUUGUCAAGGGAGGAAUAGAAAGAUUGGUAAAAAAAAGGACCUCCCUUUAGAAUGUAAGAGAAAGCAAAGGCAAUGAGAAAGUGAAGGUGAGCUGAAGCCAAGGAAGACACACCCCGUUCCAGUUUAGUAAUUGGGCGAGAAUAUCAAAUGCCCGCUUCCUUUAAGUGUUCCUUAUCAAUUUCCGUAGCGUUUCUGAUUUAAGGGAGGAAGACUAAUGGAGCGCUAUUGAUUAAUGGAGCGCUAUUGAUUAAUGGAGCGGGGUAGAGUGGAGAAGUGGUGAGAAGACUGACAUCGUAGUUCUGUAGGCGCGAAAUGCGAUUGUUCUAACGUAAGGUUUUAUCUUAUCGUAGUUAACAUCGUAGCCCUCUGAACAAAACGAAGUGAAGGUAGCGAGUGUCCAAAGAGUAACGUGUUUUAUGAACGAGGAGAGUGCAUUUCAUUGUUGCCGUUCUUCCGGAACUAUCCAUUUUCAACGUUUUAGUUUGAUAUCAAGGGCUAAAUUUGUAAUAUACCUUGUACACGCAGAGAUUAGGAGCUCAGGAAAGUAUCCAAGUGUGUGUGUGAGUGUAUGGUGGGGAUCUUUUUUUAAGCGCCAUUAAUUGUAUAGCUAAGCUUUUGUAGGAAUCUCUUAAAACAUGCAGUAGGGUACCAGUGCAGGUCGUAGUCUAAAUAACUUCUUUCUGUAACUGUUAGGUUGAGGCAGCAGACUUUGCAAUAAAUGGUCUACCCAGAUCAACCAGCUAUUUUUGUAUUGCCUAUGCGAAAUAUCCGCAGCUCAAAUGUGUAUUAUUCACAUACGUUUUCAUAGAAACUGUAAGUUGUAGCUGAAAGCAUGCAUGCAUUAUUGUUGUAACCAUGAUUAAGACCUGUUAGUUGCAUUGAAUGUGUUUCUGUGCACACGGUUGUAUGCUGUAACCCUCAUUUAUCCAUUAAAAAAAACAAGACAAAAAAAAAACAAGAAAGAAACAUAUUUGAUGCUGGCUCGUUUGUGAUUUACAAUUAUAUUUUUUUGUAUUUUGUAGAAUUUUGAAGAGCAGAACAUUUUGUAUUAAAACAUUUAUUGUGGA